GCUGCAGCCGCCGCUGCCGGGGGAGCCGCUGCCUGAACUCCCGGCCCGAACUCCAGAACUGAGCAUGCAGAGUUCAGAGGGUGCAGCGGACUCGCCAGCUUCUGUGGCUCUGUGUUCGUCAUCGGCCGCCCAGACCCCCGUGGCCCAGCCAGUGCCGGCCUCCCCGCAGAGGGUGCUGGUCCAGACGACGAGCUCGGCUUCCAAAGGGGCCCAGAUGCAGCCAAUCUCCCUCCCCAGAGUCCAGCAGGUGCCACAGCAGGUCCAGCCCGUGCAGCACGUGUACCCACCCCAAGUGCAGUACGUGGAAGGCGGAGACACUGUCUACACGAAUGGAGCCUUGCGGACGGCCUACGCCUAUAACCCGGAGCCUCCGAUGUAUGCCCCGAGCAGCGCGGCAUCUUACUUCGAGGCCCCGGGCGACGCCCAGGUGACCGUGGCAGCCUCAUCCCCGCCGGCAGUCCCCUCCCACAGCAUGGUGGGCAUCACCAUGGACGUCGGAGGGAGCCCCAUCGUCUCCAGCACGGGAGCCUACCUCAUCCACGGGGGGAUGGACAGCACCAGACACUCCCUGGCCCACACUUCCCGCUCGUCACCAGCAACGCUUGAAAUGGCGAUUGAAAACCUCCAAAAAAGCGAAGGGAUCACAUCACACAAAAGCGGUUUACUCCACAGCCAUCUCCAGUGGCUGCUAGAUAAUUACGAAACCGCUGAAGGCGUCAGUCUCCCCCGAAGUUCUCUUUAUAACCAUUACCUUCGGCACUGCCAGGAGCACAAGCUGGACCCAGUGAACGCUGCCUCCUUUGGGAAACUGAUUCGUUCCGUGUUCAUGGGCCUGCGGACACGGCGGCUGGGCACCAGGGGCAACUCUAAGUAUCAUUACUAUGGGAUCCGUCUGAAGCCGGACUCGCCCCUGAACCGACUGCAGGAGGACACCCAGUACAUGGCCAUGCGGCAGCAGCCUGUGCACCAGAAACCGAGGUACCGGCCAGCCCAGAAGUCAGACAGCCUUGGGGACAGUGGCUCGCACAACAGCCUGCACAGCACGCCGGAGCAGGCCAUGGCCGCGCAGAGCCAGCACCACCAGCAGUACAUAGAUGUGUCCCACGUCUUCCCGGAGUUCCCAGCGCCUGACCUGGGCAGCCUCUUGCUGCAGGACAGCAUCACGCUGCAGGACGUCAAGGCCCUGCAGCUGGCCUACCGGCAGCACUGCGAGGCAACUUUAGAUGUCGUGAUGAACCUCCAGUUCCACUACAUUGAGAAGCUGUGGCAUUCCUUCUGGAAUUCUAAAGCCUCCUCCGGCGACGGCCCUGCCUCCCUACCAGCCAGUGACGAGGACCCCAAAGCCAUCAUCCUCCCGAAGGACAAGCUGGUGUCUCUGUGUAAAUGCGACCCCAUCCUUAAGUGGAUGAGGAGCUGUGACCACAUCCUCUACCAGGCCCUGGUGGAGGUCCUCAUCCCCGACGUGCUGCGGCCUGUGCCCAGCACCUUGACACAGGCCAUUCGUAAUUUUGCCAAGAGCCUGGAAGGCUGGUUGACGAACGCCAUGCGCGACUUCCCACAACAGGUUAUCCAGACUAAGGUCGGCGUGGUCAGCGCCUUCGCCCAGACCCUGCGGAGGUACACGUCCCUCAAUCACCUGGCACAGGCGGCCCGGGCCGUGCUUCAGAACACUUCCCAGAUCAACCAGAUGCUCAGCGACCUCAACCGCGUGGACUUCGCCAACGUGCAGGAGCAGGCCUCAUGGGUGUGCCAGUGCAAGGAGAGCGUGGUGCAGCAGCUGGAGCAGGACUUCAAGCUGACGCUGCAGCAGCAGAGCUCCCUGGACCAGUGGGCCAGCUGGCUCGACAAUGUGGUUACCCAGGUCCUGAAGCAGCACGCAGGCAGCCCCAGCUUUCCCAAGGCCGCCCGGCAGUUCCUGCUGAAAUGGUCCUUUUAUAGCUCCAUGGUGAUCAGAGACCUCACCCUGCGCAGCGCGGCCAGCUUCGGCUCCUUCCACCUGAUUCGCCUGCUGUAUGAUGAGUACAUGUUCUACCUGGUGGAGCACCGCGUCGCCAAGGCAACUGGGGAGACACCCAUUGCCGUGAUGGGAGAGUUCAAUGACCUCGCCUCCCUGUCACUGACACUGCUGGACAAAGAUGACAUCAGUGAAGACCGGAGCAGCGAGGCCGACACAGACGCCCGCAGCCUGGGUGAGCCCCUGGUGAAACGGGAGCGCAGCGACCCGAACCACUCUCUGUAGGGGCCCAGCCCCGAGGCCCUCCCUCAG